AAGCUGUUCUACGUCCCUGACUACCUCCAUCAGCACCCAAAUCUCAGCAAACAGACUCGAGCAGUACUCGCGGAUUGGAUGGUCGAGAUACAAGAGACGUUCGAACUCAACCAUGAGACACUGUAUAUGUCGGUAAAGAUUGUUGAUAUGUACCUAUCGAAGACCAAAGAUGUAAUAAAGGAUGAUCUGCAGUUGUUGGCUAGUGUAGCUAUCUUCAUUGCAUGCAAGUUCGAGGAGCGCAGCCCACCUCUUAUUGACGACUUCAUGUAUGUGUGUGAGGAAAUGUUCACUCGUGAACAAAUGAUUAAAAUGGAGAUGAAAGUGUUGGACACCAUCAACUAUGACAUUGGAUUUCCGCUCAGCUAUCGAAAUGUCAGGCGCUACGCUAGAGUAUGUGCUACGAGAGUGACAAAAACCGACAUGCCAAAGUUGACACUUGCACGAUAUGUUCUGGAGACAUCAUUGAUGUUUUACGAAUACAUUGGA